UCGAGUUCAGUGCAACUGAAUGCAAUCCUCUCUGCGGGUGGAGCGACUUUCUCUCGAGCGAAUUGUGAAAUCUACCGCUUUCUAAUUCCUCGCUUUAUGUCUGCUGGGUGUGUGGGACUCUGAGCCUCUGAGGAGUCGCUGUACAAUCAUCCUCCUUUAGGAUUUGACUUUGAUUUGAAGAAUAUUUCUGAAUCCAAUGUACCUGAAAAACACUCCCCCGGCUCUGACAGACCGCGGGAAAUUGUCGUUACUUCCUGUGCAAUGAAGACUUGGCGCGACAUUACAGUUGUAAACAACAGGAGGACACAUAACAAUAGCACAACGAGAACUGCAUAAGGAAUAGAGACAAAGUGAUACCUGGAAGAAUGGAUGACUUUGACAUCAAAGAUGCCCCUGGCCUCUUUGUACAUGAUGACAACGAAGACUCAGUGGAUAUCUAUGAUGGCCUGGACCUCAGCUUUAACAACAACGCAGUGAAUCCAUCUCCAAAUGCUUCUCGGCUGAAAGAAUCACUGGACCUUUAUGAAGAGAUGGUCACAGAGGAGCAGCAGAGCAGAGAGUCAUCAUACUCUGAGCUCAAGUCCAGAUUCCAGGCAGCUCAGAACCAGAUCAGAGAGUUGCGCAGGAGGGUGGAGCAGAUGGAGAUCCAGAACACAGGGUUGAACACUGAGAACGGCCGUCUGAAAAAGAACAUUUGUGCACUUUUACAAACAGCCAGACAGGAGGUGAUACGAAAAGAUGCUGAGAUCCAGAGGCUGAACCAAUUGUCAGUCAAAGGUCACCAUCAUCAACAAUCUCACAGGAAUGAUAUCCGGGAUCAAAUUUCCUCCAGUCAGACAUCCACAGGCAGCUCCAAGAGUAGGCCGCCUCGUCCUCCGCCCUCCAGUCUUCAGCCUCCUCGUCCUCCACCCUCCAGUCUUCAGCCGCCUCCUCCUCCACCUUUCAAUCUUCAGCCGCCUCCUCCUCAGCCCCCCAGUCUUCAGCCUCCUCCUCAGCCCCCCAGUCUUCAGCCUCCUCGUCCUCCACCCUCCAAUCUUCAGCCGCCUCCUCCUUCACCUUCCAAUCUUCAGCCCCGAGUCUUCAGCCUCCUCGUCCUCCACCCUCCAGUCUUCAGCCGCAUCCUCCUCCACCUUCCAAUCUUCAGCCGCCUCCUCCUCAGCUCCCCAGUCUUCAGGCUCCUCGUCCUCCACCCUCCAGUCUUCAGCCGCCUCCUCCUCCACCUUCCAAUCUUCAGCCGCCUCCUCCUCAGCCCCCCAGUCUUCAGCCUCCUCGUCCUCCACCCUCCAGUCUUCAGCCGCCUCCUCCUCCACCUUCCAAUCUUCAGCCGCCUCCUCCUCAGCCCCCCCAGUCUUCAGCCUCCUCGUCCUCCACCCUCCAAUCUUCAGCCGCCUCCUUCUCCACCCUCCAAUCUUCAGCCGCCUCCUCCUCCACCCUCCAGUCUUCAGCCGCCUCCUCCUCCGCCCCCCAGUCUUUCACCACUGCCUCCUCCCUCAUCCAUUCCUCAUCCCCCUCUUCCACCUCUACCAACUGUACAUCCCAGCGAGGAUCAGCCUCCAGGUGGUUCUCCUCCACCCAACAGAAAAGAAAGUGAUAGCUCUACUUAUCAGCCCAGUGAAUCCAGCAAGAAAUCCAGCUGCAGCUCAUCCUCCCAAAAUAGAAGGUCAGACAAACACAAGUCCAAGCACAGAGAGGAAACAUUUCCAAGCCUGAAACUGUCUGACUCAACAGAAAAGAGACAUCGAAAUGGUUCAGAUCCCAACAGGGACAGCUCUGCCCCCGACAAAAACAGGUCUCACAAAGACUCAGGACGAAGACAUGGGCAUCACAGAUCAGACAGGGUCAAAAGCCCUCCACUAGUGAGUGCAAUUACCUGUGAUGACAAGAAAGGAAGAGGUCGUGAAAGGAGAAAGGAUACAGCCAAAACAUCAGACUCUGAACGUAUCGCAGCUCACAGCUCUAAAGAGGGCCACAGUCGAGAUCAUAAAAUAAAUAAGACUACUGAUGAGAGAAGAAAUUCAGACUUAAGGGACCGGAAAAAGUCCUCUUCAAACCAACCUCCAGAACGCAGCGAGUCCUCCAAAGAACGGGGAGGGGAUAGGUCGUCAAAGGAUUGUCAGAAGAAGAAGGAUAGACGACAUGGAAAUAAAAUCAGCAGAACACUUAAGAGAAGCAUUCCGACAGAGACGGGCAGAGAACGUGAGAAUGUGAGAUCAGACCAAGGUAAAGUGGAGGUCAUUAGUCAGGAAAGUCAAGAAAAGACACACGAGGCCCUAAAGACACCAUCCGAAGAACCAAGUGUCACAGAGAAAGGUUCUGGGGAGGAAAACAGUCCUAACAGGAAACUGUGUUUCAUGGAAACAUUGAAUCUAACCCUUUCACCAAUCAAGAAGCCGCUCAUGCCCUUCACCCAGGGCAAGGGAGUUGAACACUCACCAGAUGAUGAGAGUUCACAGCCUGACAUCGAGGACAUGUGUGUGAUCGAUGAAGUAAACAGCAGUGAACUAGAAAUAGGGUUGGAAGAUUUUGCAGAACCAUCUUUAGAUUCCCCGAAAACCCCUCGUGCCAAAAAGAUACAUAAGACUUGUGAUGAUCCAAAAGAUGUCCAGGAAAAGUACCGACACCAGAGUGAAAGUCCUGCAGCUGAUCAGCAACUUGAAGACAAUGUAUCGCAAACCUCCUCAGCUCAUAGCCAACUGCCAGAAACCGAGAGGAACCUCCCAGCAACUUCACCAGAGAGCACUUCUAUAAAAGCAGCAGAUGUUUCAGGAAAACGAGAGAACAAAAGCAAGUUGGUGUCACAUACCCAGAAACACAGUUGUAGCCCUGUGUGGCCCGUGGAGGCUGCAAAUAAACGACACACAGGCCAUUCUUCUUCACAAAGAAUACCUCCUAUUGUAGACGUCAUUGAUUCAAGUGUAGAACUGAAGUGUAUAUCUCCUAAAUCUGCACUACAGAAAAGCCUCCCUGUGGAUUCAGUCGGAGAAGAUGAAGCUUCUUCUCCCACAACGGAAAAUCCUGAAGCUGUAGAAGUUCCUGACAAAGCCUUCCUUGAAGUGUCUCCCAUAAUUCUACCUCAGGACAGUCAGCAACGGCUGUGUCCUCCUGAUUCCCUUCCCAAGAAAGAUGCUUGUUGUGAUGUUCCUAAAAGUGCUGUAUCCAGUACAAUAACCCUUGAAUCACUUCCACAAGAAGGGCUUAGUCUACCUGAGGCCAUUUUUGUUUUAACACAGCGAAACGAAGACAGCAGUGACAGCAGUAGCGUCGCCGCUGAGCCCAGCUCCUCCACUGGCUGCAUCGCCGUGGCCAGAGUCAGCAGCACCACAGAGGAGCCUGCGGGGCCACAGAGGCACAGCCACCUGUUCACACCAAAGAAGAUCUUCUCUCCUGCGAAGAGUCGUGACAAUAAAGUGCAGCCUUCCAGUUCGAUGCCAUUACUCCACGAUGAGGACUCCAUGAUGCACACACUGAGCAAUCUGAAGACAAUCCCUGAUGCCAUAAGCCCUCUGAGGAGCCCCAUCAGGAUCACCAAGAGGAACCACAUCCACCUUCUCAGCAAGCCAGGGCAUGUCAAGAGCCUUCAGAAAGACUUCUCCAGCACAGCUGUCGCUGAAUCCUCAAAGAAGUUGGACGUAAACAAAGAAAACAAAUAUCCGGGUUCUCCUGCAAACCAUGACACGCAGAGCUCUGUGGACAAGGUGUCCGACCCGCCUUCAAGUGUCUCUGACACCGACCUGGAGGAAGGGGAGAUAUUAAGCGAGAGUGAAGAGGCGGCUACAGAUUCUCCUGCUCCUGCAAACAAGAAGUCAGCAAAGUCCAUGCGACCAGUCAGAAACAAUGCAAGUCCUCAGUCUUUGUUAAAGAGGAAAGCUGACGAAAGCUGUGUUGUAUCCAAAAAAGUCAUAGAAACAGUAGAUGUAUCAACACGAAGUCCGAAGAGUCGCUUUAAAACUGUUUGUCCCGCAGCAACCAAAGCUUCUUUUUCCACUGUAGAGGAAGUGAUGGAGACGUUCAAGGUGGUCCGUGCUGAGAUCCGAAAGAAGUACAUGAAACUCCACAAAACCUUUCCCAAGAAGAGCUUCUAUGGAGUGAUGGAGAACUUCCAGGAGUCUUUUUUAGAAUUUGUAGAGGGUGCUCAUUUGGGUCAGAUAUGCAGUCAGGCAGUGGAGCUGAAAUCCAACAUGAAGACAUUAAUUACAUCUGUGUUUAGCAAACUGUCGAAUAAUGGUAUUGUGAAACGCAUCUUUGAACAGCAGGCAGUGGAUCUGAAGCAGAGGCUGUGGGACUUUGUAAAUGUCCAAGUUGACUUCUUGUUCAAGGACAUUCACACAACACUGAAAAGCCUGUGCAACCAAAGAGCUCAGGCUGAGGACAAGAAGCCCACUGGAAAUAAGAAAGGAUCCGAACAGCCCCCUGUUAAAAAGCAACGUCACCAACUGGACGCACAAUCGUCUCCCACCAGCUUGAAUCGAAUCAUGCCCUCUCCUGUGGUGCCUUACAGAACAGGCCUUGGAAGCAGAGGCAAAGAUAUCAGAAUCACACAAGAGGGAAAAGACAGCAGUGUUCACCCACAUCCAACACAUACACAAACUGUCUCCAUCUACUGUCCUCCCAAAAAUAUCCCUUCAACUCCAGAGAAAAGUAGCAUUUCUUCUUUGUUAGUCCCUCCCAACGGUUCUUUGCUGGACAAAACUGACUUUGAGCUUCUCACAGAACAGCAAGCCUCCAGUUUAACAUUCAACCUAGUGAGGGACUCUCAGAUGGGAGAGAUCUUCAAGUGUCUCUUGCAGGGAUCCGACUUACUGGAAAGCAGCGGCGUCACCGGAGACAACACAGUGUGGUCCCUCAGCACACCGAGAAAGGACGGAGAGAGACUCCUCAGCAUCACUACUCCAACUAAAUAUGACUCUCCAUCUAAGCUGCACUCCCCGAACAAAUUUGGAACUCCCUCGAAACUUAUCGCAACGUGGUCCAGCCUUUCACCUCGCAAGAUGUCCUCUCCACACUCCAAAGGUCGGAUCCACCUGAAUCCAGCUCUGUUCGACGAGAGUUGCAUGUUAGAGGUGCCGUCAGACAGUCGAUCUUCACAUAGGUCCUAUUCCAUUCUGGCUGAAGACCUGGCGGUGUCCCUCACCAUUCCAUCGCCUCUCAAGUCCGACAGCCACCUCAGCUUCCUGCAGCCAUCCAGCAUGCGCCUCAUGUCCACUCCGGAGAGCGUCAUAAGCGCUCACAUCAGCGAGGACGCUCUGCUGGAGGAGGACGACGCGUCGGAGCAGGACAUUCAUCUCGCACUGGACACCGAUAACUCCAGCUGCGAUUCCAGCUGCAGCGAUGUGCUCGCCACCCCUUUCCUCUUCAAGCCAAACCUACCCAUGCAAGCGCUGGUGAUGGAGAAAUCCAACGAUCAUUUCAUCGUGAAGAUCCGUCCUGCGAUAUCGGGCGCCGAUACCACAAUCACUGAAGACAGCUUCAGUCACACCCUAAUAGAAGAAGACCAGCAGCACAUCCAAGAGGAUGUGAAAACUAAAGACGGUCAAGAAAUGGCAAUUUUGUCAGACAAAUCCUGGAAUCAUACUCCUUCAAAUGCCUCACCUGAGAACAGUCCAUCUGGGAUCUGUCUGGCCAACACCAAAGCAGAUAUCCAUCCCUCUCAAGAGGAGAGCUUAACACUAACAAAAGAUUCAUACCACAAAAAAGACUUGCCUCCACAAAAUCCAUUAGAGGAUUCACAGAAACUGUCAGAGAAGAAUCGGACUGAAGCCACUCCUUCAGACAGCUUUCAAAAAGGUGCUCAAAGCUCUGAGCACUUCUUUAGACACAUCAACCAGGCGACCAGCAGAGAGGAGAUCUCACUCACUGCUGAUGAUGAUGAAUCAAAUCAAACCCACCACGGAGAAAAAUCCAUGACAACGCAACAAAGUCCCUCGAAAGCUCUUUCCUCUAAGUCUCAGAAUAAGACGAGAUGCUCUGAAACCGUGCUGUCGGCUCAAAGCUCUGAAACAAAUCAAGGAAGCCAAGAGUCUGCAUCACAUGUGUCCGACUCCGGGACAGAAGCAACAGAGGAGUCAGAGAGAAGUGUCACCAUUGCAAAGGAAACUCCAGAGAAAGGCCGUAGAGAUCUCAACAGGGGUAGAAAACGGAAGAAGCACCAGGAGAAAUCAAAAGCCAAGCGGCUCAGGAAGCAGGACGAGGAAAGCUCAGAGGAGAUGGAGUCUCUCUGCAAGACUGAUGACGGAGAAUCCAGAGCCUCCCCCGCAGCGCUGUCCCCCAACAGCCUCUAUGCCAAGAACGUGAUCAGGAAGAGGGGCGAGGUGGUGGUGGCAUGGACCAGAGAUGAAGAUCGAGCGAUCCUCAUCGCGCUGAAGACAAGAGGAGCUUCACGAGACACUUUCUCUGUGUUGUCUGAGAAGCUCAAUAAGCCAUCAGCGCAGAUUGCCAACAGAUUUAACCAGCUCAUGAAGCUUUUUAAGAAGCAGGAGAAGAUGGAGCCUUGAUCCCUCUGACUGUAAUCGCAAUGACUCUUCAUACUGUGUUACCAACAACGCCACUGAACAAAUGGGGGGUCAAGUCCCUGUGGGGGGGAAAGUUGUGAAUCCCACCACUAUCUGCUAAUUCUGGAUAUUGAAGUGGACGAAAAGGAUUCUUCCUCAGCACAAUGGACAAGAUAGAUUGAUGUGAACGGCCAAUAGAAAUAAAGUCAUUAUCAGAUGUACUGUUUCUGAUUUUCUAUGAAUCCACACUACUCCAUCAUCAGAUCUGGGUGGUGUCUGGUCAUAUCACUUAGUCCUCAGUGCAGCCCGGAACUCGCUAUCCUUUCUGCCUUUGCAGAUGUGAUACAUUGCCAAAAUGGUAUUUCAGUUCAUCUCGCACCUACUUCUAUGUUUCUCUCAGUACAGUGAGGAAAAACUGCCUUCAGACUAAGCCACCUUCAGGCUCCAGUGCGAGUACGCUCAGAUGUUACUGAAUGAAGUGACAGUUUUAGUCCCUGAAGUUAUGGACGCUCACUGGAAACUACUCGAAGCAUCACCCAUCAGGAGACCGAGCUGCGACUCAUAGAUUGGGUCUUUUAUCAGAAGACUGAAUGUGAUACUUAUGAUCUUAUUUUUAUGUAUGAGGGGGAGUGAUUGAAAUGUUUGAAUCUUGUUAAAAUGUUUACAUGUCCAACUCAUGUACAGGACAGUAUUGUUAAUCUCUGUUAAUACACAUUUUAUCUGUUUGUUUGAUUUAUUAUAUUACUUUUAAACAGAGUGGAAUGCAAUAUUGUGAGUAGUUCUUUACUAAAAAAUAAAGUUUUAUUUAUUCAUG